AUGUUCGCACAUGAGCAUAUCCGAGCUUGGAAGAAGGUCACGGAUGCAGUUCAUGCCAAGGGAGCUUACAUGGCUUGUCAAUUGUGGCAUACCAGCCGCUUCGCAGUAUCGGUCCAGCUUGGUGGACGUCAAUCACUCAGUUCAUCAGCUACUAAUAUCGGAAUGUCGAAUGGUUUCACGACCAAAGGUCGGGUCCCACACGAAGUAUCGAAGGAGAUGAGUCUCCAAGAAAUCAAGGAUACAAUUGAGGACCACGUACAUGCAGCAAUCUGUGCCAUCGAGGCUGGGUUUAAUUGUGUUGAGAUCGUAGGAUAA